GUUUAAUCCACCUUACCCGUGACUGUCAAUUUACAUUCAUUAAAUCUCACUUUUGUAAUUCUAAUAUAUAUUUACUAUGACGGGAUCAAUAGCUAUUUAAACCUACCAUUUAUAUACACCGUAUAUUUAUUUAGUUGAAAAGUGCGGAACGGUAAAAGUUUCUAAUGUGAAAACCAUUUGAAGUUCCAUUUUUGGCAGAUUUAUAGAAAAGUGUGUGUUAAAAAGAGACUUAAAAUCAUGGAUUUUUGGAGAAGAUAAUAUUCUGAAGUGAGAUAACUUUUGUAGUAAAUGUUUGUGCGUGAUCGGAUUCAAAUUAUUGCAUUUGUAAAGUUCUUUCAGGGAUAACAGAUAUAUAAUGGGUGCAAUAAAAUCAAAGUUCUUCCGUUCUAAAUCGGGAUCUAGAAAAUCAAAGGAAGACAAACCAGUGAAAGAAAAGAAACAAAAGAAAAAAGUUAACUUACCGGAGUCACAGUCGGCCCGGAAAACUGUUGACCCAAGGUUACCGUUUUCGAACUAUAGACAGAUAUUUAGUAUACGCAACGCAUGGAAGGCAAUUCAGAGGUCUAUGGAAGAACAUGCCACAGAAACAUUUAUGAGAUUUUUAAACAGCCAUCCUCAUUACAAAGCAAAGUACUCGAGUAUUAGUGGAAUACAAGAUGGAGAGCUCGAAGAAUUGAGGAAGAAUCAAGAUUUUGAAGACAAGUCAAUGGAUAUAUAUUGUAUAUUUGACGGGGUCAUCGCUAAUCUAGAAAACGUCGACAAAGCUAUACAAGAGAUACAAUACGGUGCUGCCGCCACACAAUUUUCACAUAAAAUGGUCAAGGACUAUCAUGAUCCGUUUAUAGAAAAUAUCCGACUUGUUCUCGGAUCAGACAGGUUUACGGAAACAACUGAAAACAAUUACAAACUUCUAUACGGGUUCAUUCAAGUGGAACUAUGUAAACACCUUGAAGAGGAGGACGAACCAACUGUUAUAGAAGUAUCCAAAGCCGACAUUGUUGAAGAACCAACUGAGGAAGUUGUGGAUAAUACUAAAAUUGUUGCCGAUACCGAGGUUGAAGUUAAUUUAUGUGUUGAUGAUGCAUCUUAAAGAUAGAAAAAUAAAUUAUAAAGGGAUCGGAGCAGUUCUAACAGUGAUCAGCUUGUAUGAAGAUAUCUGUACCGUUGUAACCUGCGUAUUUUGUCAUGCUGACUUUCAGUGUGAGAAUUAAAGAGUGAGAAACGAAACUUCUAUAUAUAGAACAUAUAGAACCAAUGGAUGUAUGAUACAUAGAAACCUCGAUGUAUACAAUGUAUAUAGAACAUCAAUAUCUUUAUAUUAUUUAGACAAGGCCACAUAUAUGAAAAAUAGAAAUGUUCUACAAAACAUUCAUUUAGCCUAUACUUUAUAGCAUGUAUACGAAUUGUUUUACAUUUGUAUAAAAUAGACAAUAAUAUUUGCACAUACCAUUCACCUUUUAUUUCACCACAAAUAGAAAUAUACUUUUUUAUUUCAAAAGUGUUAAAUAUUUUUUCUCUUGCAGUAUUAUACACUUGUCCUCGACAUUAAAUUAUUCAGGUUACUUGAACAUCUUAUAUUUAUAGAACGAUUGGGACGGAACGUCUUUUUAUACUGUCCAAGUCAUAUUCAACUGUCCAAUCAUCCGAACACUCCUUGUGGAUCACCUUUUCCCCCAGAUAUUUGUGCGUCACAUAAGUGUUGUGUAGCAGCCGUGAAAAGUUACCCAUUACUUCACUUCAGUGUUGUUAUAUUUCUCUGGUCCUUCGGAAUAAUUGAGUCUACCACUUUUAAGUGUAGAUAAUUGAGUACCGUUCUAGCCGGUGAUA